AUGAAAUUCUCAACCUUGAUUCAAGCGACUGUAGUCGCUCUUUACGCGACUAUGGCUGCUGCUGCUGCCAUCCCAACUUUCGAUAUUGAUAGUUCUACCGAAGACCAUCUUCUUGCUAAACGCGACGGCAUCCGAUUUACUGGUUCUCUCUACCCUGGCGGUCCUGAAGUUGAUCUCACUGGCACACUCAAUGAAAUUAUCCCUGAGCUCAAGAAGCUCUAUCCUGAUUUGAACACCGUCUCGACUACUACUACUUCGGCUUCUUCUCCAAACCCACUGCUUGCGAAACGCGUCACUCAAAAACCUAAGUAUUGUCUCUCAGGGAAACCUGCAGAUCGUUACGUGAUCUACAACCAUGCACUCCCUUACUUGAAGGCUAUCGAAAACUUGACAUGUGAGCUUCCCAUUAGGUAUGGUUGCUUCAAUGUCUAUUGUUCGCCUGCUCCUCGCGCCAAUGUACGACUUUGCAAUCUCUGGUUCACGACUCGCAAAAUUCCGUGCAAAAGUUUCGUAGAGGUCGCGGAAUUGAUCAUCAAAAACUGCGAGGACGGCCCUCAGAGAGGAAUACGCGGCCAGAUAGUCACCAGCUACAGUGGUAUCGAGUUCAAAGUCGGGAUCGGUAGUGCUGAGUGUUUGGGAACGAAUUCUGGACUAUCCUGA